GUCAGUUGCCUGCAUAAUUGUUUACAUCGCAUCGAAAGUCAAAAUUUCAAAUGGCUAGAGUUGCAGCAUUCCUGCCUUCAUCACGCGAGUUCUUCGUGAUAUUACAAGAGCGUGCGGACAAGGCAGAAAGCGGGCGUUAUAGGAGAUUCAUAGCUGCACUGGUUCUGCAGCGAAUGGCCCGAGGCUACUUGAUUAGGAAGCAUGUUGCGUGGUUGUCCAAGAACGCCACGAUUAUCCAAUGCGCAUUCAGGGGCCAUCAGGCCCGGAAGGCGUUGAAGGUAGCCUUGCGUCGAGCUGUCAGGCAGAAACAUGCGAGACACUACGCCAUAGCUGCUACUAAGAUACAGGCUCUAUGGCGUGGUCACUAUUCAAGACGCACCAAAUUCUGCUACCGCCGCUACCGCCGCUGGCUGGCCACCGUGACUGAGAGAGGCGAGCGUCGCGCUGCCGAGGCCUUGGAGUUUGGCCUCAUCAGCAGAGCUGAUGACCUCAGGAUCCUCGAGGAGGAAGCAAGGAAAUGGCUUGCCUUUGUCGUAUUCAAACUGCAUCACCUCCUCAGAACUGCAUGCCACGCAGGCGUCUAUUCUGACCCAGCUACUUCAGAACUAACGCAAUUUGAAAAACUUUUAAAAUCAAUUCGCUACAGGCAGUAUAUGACCAGAUUGAAACGAAAAUACGACGAGUUUGUCAGAAAACAUCGUCCCAAUUUCUCUAAUAAGAGGCUUUUCCCUAUUAUUGGAGAUGGAGCCGAUUACUGGUAUUUGUCUUUACCCGAAAUGUAUGAGUUGACCAGUCCAGCAGUGCCCAAGCUUCACAAUACCCGGCAUUCACAAUUGCAUCACGGGUCUAUACAUAAGGAACCUUUUUUGUGGAGGAAAGUGAGGCCUCCGACAGCCUUUUCGGAUAGAGGGCCCUUUAUGCCGAAGUCGCUGGUACGGUGCAAGAUCCCGUUGGCACCAGCGCCAACUCCUGCAGAAGCAGGAGAUGCUGAACCUAAAAGAGACCCUAGGUUCCACUUGUAUGUUCAACAUUAUACUCCUCAACCGAAUAUAAUGGAUUACGUAGAUUUCCAUGUAAACAUUCUGACGAACCGAAAAAGUUCGAUACAACACGUGAACGACGAAUAAG